AUGGCUUCCAGACUCUCACCCCUUCUCUUCAGAUCAGCCCUCCGCUCGGCGACGUGUCGAGCGGCGAGGCCCCAGUUCCGCGCUUUCUCCCUCACAGCCGUCCGCCCCAGCGACACACUCCAAGUGCACCGCGACUCCCCCAAGAACAACGCCGACAUCCCCUUCAAGUUCUCCAAGGAGAACGAGGCCGUCAUCGAUGAGAUCCUCAAGCGCUACCCGCCGCAGUACAAGAAGGCCGCCGUCAUGCCCAUCCUCGACCUCGGCCAGCGUCAGCACGGCUUCACCAGCAUCAGCGUCAUGAACGAGGUCGCCCGCCUCCUGGAGAUGCCCCCUCAGCGCGUUUACGAAGUCGCCUCUUUCUACACCAUGUACAACCGCACCCCCGUCGGAAAGUACUUCAUCCAGGCCUGCACAACUACCCCCUGCCAACUUGGCGGCGUCGGCUCCGACGUGAUCGUCAAGGCCAUCAUCGACCACCUCGGCAUUAAGCAGGGUGAGACCACCAAGGACGGCCUCUUCACCCUCCUCGAGGUCGAGUGCCUCGGCGCCUGCGUCAACGCUCCUAUGGUUCAGAUCAACGACGACUACUACGAGGAUCUCACCCCCGAGACCACUGUCCAGCUCCUCGACGCCCUGAAGGCCACCGCGACCGCCACCGGCGGCGCCGCCGCCGCCCAGGUUCCCAAGCCCGGCCCCAUCAACAGCGGCCGCCAAACCUGCGAAAACAGCAAGGGGUUGACAAACCUUACCUCGGAGCCAUGGGGCCCCGAGGUGACGCGGAGCGACUUGUGA